AUGCUCAAUUCCAAGACGCUCCGAAACAUUUACGGGAGAAGCCACGAGAACCGCGUCUCUCCCAGGGACAAGGAUAUCAAGGGCUCCAAUAUCAUUGCUCUCAAAUCCAUCAUCAAAGGCCUCGUCCUCGUCCAGCUGACCUUCUUUCUCCUCUUCUGCUACAUCUUUGGCACGCUGUAUGUCUCCAACUCGCAUGUUAAGAAUCUGAGCGUCGUCUUUGUCGAUUACGACCAAGGUCUCAUCGGGCAGUCGGUGCAGGCCGCGUAUAACAAGCUCAAGGGCGACGAUUUCCCGACCCUGUAUGCGCGAAGCCCGGCCGAGUAUCCAACUCCAGGUUCGAUCCGGCAUGGCGUUUGCAAGACCGACUUCUGGGCAGGCUUCUUCGUCUCGGCCCACGCGUCCGACCGCCUCGCGACUGCCUUGGGCGGAGGAGAGGCGGCCUUGACCUACGACCCAGCGGACGUAAUGACUUACAUCUGGAACGAGGCGCGGUGGCCCACGAAUGCCGAAAGCCUUCUCGAGAGCAACUUGGCCAAACUCUCGACUGCUGCUCAAGAAGCUUACUACUCCGUCAACGGCACCGGCGCGAUUCGGGCUCUGAAUGUGUCUUCUCCGCAGGCGGUCUCAGCGCUCUACAACCCUUGGCAAGUCCAAAGCAUCAACAUCAUGCGCACGAACCAGGGCCCACGCACAGUCUACAAUACCAUCGUCGUUGUGCUGAUUAUCAUCAAGCAGUUUUUCUUCUUGAUGCUCAUCAACGGCCUCUGUAGCACCUUCAAACUGUACCUUCGCCUCAAACCCCAUCACCUCAUCUUCCGCCGUCUCCUUGGGAGCUCCAUAUCCACCAUCAUGGGCAGCUUGCUGCUCACGGGCGCCAUCUGGGCAUUCCGCGACAACUGGGGCGUUAACGCGAACCAGUUCGUGCUGACGUGGAUGACGUACUGGUUGUACGAGGAGAUCAACUUCUUCUUCAUAGACGCCGCGACUGCCUGGGUCCCGGCCCCGUUCAUGCCGAGCGUGCUGGUCACCUGGGUCAUCCUGAACGUCUCGUCCACGCUUCAGCCGAUCGAGCUCAGCGCCGGCUUCUUCAAGUGGAUGUACGCUCUACCUGCCCACGAAAUGUACGAAACCCUCGUCGACAUCUGGUCGGGCGGCUGCAACCCCCAGCUCUAUCGCUCUUUGCCCAUUCUUUUCUCCUGGUGGAUUGUCUUCACGCCGUUGGCCAUGCUUGGCGUCCUGAAGAGAUGCCACUUCGCGGCAAUUGAUUUCGACAAGGAAGAGGCCGCCUUUCAGAAGCGGUUCCAGGAAGCCAAAGAUUUCGAGAGGAAACGAGAUCUGGAGCGGAGGACGGAUAUCGCUGCCGGGAAAGAAUCCACCGAUCAGGAGGACGACGUCGAGUUGGCCAAUAUGCUGAGGAGGCAGGAGACGGAAUUCAGGUCGCUGUAUUCGACUCCCAGCCGAACCAGGUAUGGGCCUAGCAUCGUGGCACCAGGGACGGAGCGUAUUGGCACAGAGGGAGUUUGA